AUGGCCGAGCUAAACCCACUUGACGGACAAAUUAACGGCGGCGGCGGCGGAGGAGGAGGAGCAGGAAAUGGGGAGACGAUGGUGGGGACGGCGACGAAGAGGCAGAGAAGGCCGAGUGUGAGAUUAGGCGACAUUGGAGGCGACCCACCACUGGCGGCCUAUGAACACCUGCACCAGCAACAUAGGAGGGCCUCAUCCAAGCAGCAGCUGCAGUAUCAAUGGAAGCAGCAGCAGCAGAAAGGUUCGAGAUUGAGAAAUAAUGAAACCCUAGCGGUGGAUAAGAAUGGGAUUAGCAAUAGCGAAGAUGGGAUUGAGGGUUUUGUUAAUGAAGGCGAGGAAGGUAAUGAAGGGGAUAUGGAUUUGGAUAGGGUUGCUAUUGGGAGCUGGAAAACUUUUCGGGAUUCGUCGAUGAAAUCGAAGAGGGGGAGAGGGGGUUCUAUUAGGAAGAGGGUUAGGUCGAAUUGGGUUUCGUCUAAAGUUGAUGAAAGUGGGAAAUUAUUGACCAGUGGAGGUGAAGGGGAAGGGGAUGGGGAAGAGGGUUUUCAUUUGGACAAUGAUGAUGGGAUGGAUAGGGAUUUUGCACGUGAAAACUCUGAUGAGGAGGUGGACAGAAAUGAGAGCCCAAUUCGUUCUUUUGAGAAUAAUGAUGAGGAUAUUGAUGUGGAGAGAGAAAGAGGGUUUUUGAAAUUAGGGGAGAAAAACAGGAGAGUGACUACUAGGGUUUCUGAUGAAAUGGAGGGGCCUAGUGAUUCGGUAGAGAGAAAUGGAGUGAAGGCUUGGUUGAACCAGUUGGGCUUAGGGAGAUAUGGCCCAGUUUUCGAGAUUCAUGAGGUGGAUGAUGAGGUUUUGCCAAUGUUGACACUGGAGGAUUUGAAGGAUAUGGGAAUUAAUGCUGUUGGGACGCGGAGGAAAAUGUAUUGCUCAAUUCAGAAGCUCAAUAAGGGAUUCUCCUAG